GUUUCGCGUUGUUUAUAUUCAUGCACGUUCGUACGCAACCCGCAUGCGAAUUCGGCCUACUGUUUUCUCGGGACUGGCGGCCGGCAAAAUGUGGCGAUCUACACGAAAGGUUUCUCAACGAUAUUCUCUGCUGUUCACCGGCAUACAACAAAAAUCCAGACCUCCCGCUCAGAGCCGUCGGCAGUCAACGAGCUCCUCUGCAAGUGGAUCAGCCAAAACCAUCGCUGUCACAACUGGUGUGGCUACUGUAGGCAUCGGUGGGGCUCUUGCCUAUGCAAAAUUCGAUUUGGACUUCAGGCACAAACUAGAAAGCAGCCUUCCGUAUGGAGACUCCCUUAUCGGCAGCAUUCUUGGACCGGCUGAAGUACCUGUUAGACAGCUACCUGCUGAGAAGGUGAAGGAAAAGGCCAUCGAGUCUAGUCUUCUGCGCAAAAAGACUCCAGUGGAGCCAUCAAAGAGUGAACUGAAGCCUGCUUUGCCACCAUCACCUCCAAUUACUGCCCCUUCACACACACCUGUAAAAGAGAGGGCACCAUCACCUCGUGAUUUGGAAGCAGAGGCCCAGAGACAACUACAAGACAUCAAGGAACGAAAUGAACGGCUGAACUUUGCACUGGAGCAGUCACUUCGUGAGGCUCAAGCAGACUUGGAGAGGCACACCAAGGACGCAGUGGUGGCACAGUUAGAAGCCAAGGAAGCUGCACAGAAUUACACUCGCAAGUUGUACAGAGCCAUCGAUGAAGCCAGGGAUAGUGAAGACCAGUACAUGUGGGAUGAAGCUUUGCAAGCCAAAGAGGCGAAGUUAGCCGCUGUGCAAAAGGCUACUUUGAAGAGUGAACAUGCAUGGAAGUCCUUAGAAAACCUCCGUAGCACCAUCAAGAAAGGACAAGAAAACAAGGAGACUCAAAAUAACUUGGCAAUUAGUCCAGCUGAACAUGCUGCAACAGUUGCCAGAGACCAACUUCGAAAUGCUGAGUCUGAGUCACGGUCAGCCAAAGAGGCUGCCAAAACUGCGAGUGACUACAAGGAGGCUGUUGAGAGGGCCAGACUUCAUUUUCAGAAAGAGAUUGAAGCUCUGCUUCCAGAGACUAAAUUCAGUGAGCCAGGGCAGAAGCUGUCUGAAGAUGAACUGAAUUUGCUACUUGCUCAUGCCCACCGGAAAAUAGAGAACUUGACCAAGGCUCAUGUCAAAAUGCAGGCUACAGAACAGGAACGAGCCCAGAUGUUCCAGAGGCAACAAGAGCGUGUGGCCCGGGACUUGGAAAGGCAGCGGGCUGAGCUGGACGCAACACUUGAAGUGAAGCUGGUGAAGCAGCAGGAGGCAUUUGAGCACGAGCUGCAGCAGCAGCUGCGGCGCCAAGUGGCCGCACACACAGAACACCUCAAGGAGGCCCUGGAAGAGCAGAAACACGAGCUGAGCCGCACCUUUGGCCUGGAGCUGGAGAAGAAAAUCAUUGAGGAACGCGCACAGCACAACGCGGCCCUGUCUUCCUCAGUUGCUAAGCUCCAGGGCUUGGAGGAUUACCUCAGAGCACGAGAUGAAUUGGAUCGGCUGUCACAACAGGCCAAGGGUCUCUGGCUUGCCUGCCAGGGCCUGAGGCACACUUUAGUCCACGGACCAGCCAGUGGCACCAGUGGGCCGCAGUCGCUGACCGCAGACGUGCAGCUUGUGGAGCGGGCAGCACCAAUGAGCCCUUAUGUGCCCCUUGUGUUGGCCUCCAUCCCUGAGGAAGCCCUGACACGUGGGGUCUACCCAGAAAUAGCCUUGAAAGAGCGCUUUGCACAUGUGGAGCGUGCUUGCCGUCGUGUUGCCCUUGUUGAUGACCAGAGACCCUCAUCGCUACUUCGAUACUUGGCCUCCUACUUGCAAUCGCUGUGUGUCAUCUACCCCAAGGAGCUGCCCGAGGAGGAGCUUACAGAUGAACAGCGAGUCAAUCCAGAAAAGUGGGACACAUUUGAUGUCCUCUCGCGGGUGCGCUAUUGGCUCCAGCAUGAGAACCUGGAACAAGCCCUACGCUAUGCUAGUCAACUGCGUGGCCAGCCACGGCUGGUAGCCCAAGACUGGAUACAUGAGCUCCGUCUGCAUCUUGAAGCACGCCAGGCAGCAUCAGCCCUUAUGGCCUUUGCUGCAGCCACUAUUGCCGAAGAUGCUGAGUAACUCAAACAUUUUCAUCGAUACUGGUACGCUGUGUAAAUCAAAGGCACUUUCUAGAUUCUCCAUGCCCUUGAAGGACAGUUUUCAGAUAGAAAUAUUGCCAUUGGUGUGUGGUCUGGGGUUGUCAAGCUACUCUCUUGGAGUGCUCCUUUUGACCAUCUUUUGUUGUAAUGACUGGUCAAUGCUGCUUAUUGCAUCAAUAUAUCAUGCACUGGUCACUGCCAUGAAGGUGGCAUGAUCCAUGAAAGAGAGCUGUAGAAGGGGGAUUCUGACUGGCAGAAAAGUUUUUUUAUAAUUUCUCCACUCUCCCCACUGUUUCAUUUUUUUGCACCAAGCUUGUUUGCUUUGUGAAUAUGAAUCUGAGUAGUGCAGCUCAGCAUGCUUAUGAUGCAGAACUGUGCACCGAUUGGGUUUGUGAAAUUGGAGGUGUUUCUUGUGAAACCUUGUGUGUGACAUUUGAACUAUGGUCUUGCUUGACUGCUGUGGCAAGACAUGGCAAAAUUUAAGACUGAUAGUGAGAAGUCAGUACUGAGGGCCAAGGCCUAAAAUUACAGCUCUGCAUGGGGAAAAGAAACUAAUGGCCCUGUGUCCUCUUUAUGUGAGAACUGAUGGUAUAGCCUCCAGGUAGCCUUAUUUUACUGCCAGGGCUUUGGGACAUCUUGUUAUAUGUAGUUUUUCUUUUCAAGGUGGUGUACUGAGAUCAUGUCUGUUGAAAAGCUAGCUCAGUUCAGAAUCAUGUAAAUUAAGUUUAAAAAUGGCACAGGAGCUGAUACUAAAUCGUCAUGGACACAAAUUCCUGUAUAAAAUUUUUGUCUGGUGGUGCGUGCAUACAUGUCUAUGUCUUUGACAUAAAGCUAUUAUACUUGUCCUUUUUGAUGCAGUGCUAAAAUGUUUGACGCAGUGCUGAAGUGUUUAAUUUAGAUGUGUCAAAGUGAAUUGUGUGCUAUAAAUAAUGUGGUGGAUACCAAAAUGUACUAGAAGCCAUGCUGCACUUUUCUGGCAUUUGGAAGUGGAACAGCUGUGUAGUAGGCCUGUCAGUGCAUAACCCACGUGCUUUGCAGUGCUUUGAGCUGAAAGCCCUUGAAAGUGUGGGUAAGCAUGGCAACUUUACCAGCAGGCCUCAUGCAUUUUGAUUCAGGUAUUUUGUGGUUGUAUGCACAACUACCUUCUCAAUCAAGGGGUGGCAUUUUUGCUAUUUAAAAGCUGGUAUCGCACAACGGAAUAUACCUACAAUGCCAUUACUGUGGAGCACCUAUUAAACUCGGUUCCCACUUGCCGCUGCAGGUACAAAUGCAGAGCAAUAUGAAGUAGCAGUGACUGCUUUUAUUGGUUCAUGGUGCAUGUUUGAAAUGUUUGUGUCACCCGUGCACUGUGGGUGAAGCGCUUCCUGGUAUAAUUUUCUUGCCACUGUGAAUUAACCAGCAGCUGUUUCUGUAGGAAUAACUUGGUUCAUGUACUUAGUUAAGUCCUAUAUUUUCUGGCUCUCUUUGUCUAGCUAAUAAAUUUAAAAGCAAGGUUCCUAAUCUCA